AUGCAGUCUUUCUGUGGGAGUUUAAUUCGGAGGCAAAGCUCGCGUAUUGCUCAUUUCAAAUCCACUGGAGCUUCUUUAGCUAUCAAUAGCAGUAACAUUCAUGGACUAAAUUCUCUAAGGUCUGAUUCAUCGAUUCUAGAUGGAAUUAUUGCUUCGAAGAAUCAUUUUUUCAGGUCAUUUCAUCAGCUCGCUUCUCGCUCCUGUGAAAUCAGUUUAUGGGAGGUGUUAAGCACCUUUCCUUUCUCUUUAACGUUGCACCCCAUCGUUAUUGAAAACAGUUUCUUAAAUAAAAUCACUUCAAAAUUCUUUUGGCGGACAAAAGUUGGUUCUGGAACCGAAACAUUGACAUUAUUCAACGGCAAUGGUGCAAAUUCUAAGCUUAAUUUGUCUUUGUGGAUGGCAAUGGGAUCUCCAUUACUCUGCAGGAGCAUGACAACAGCAGGAAAUUCUGUUGAAUCAACUUCAAAAGUUGCUUCGGAAACCAUCACUGAUGAUGCCCUCAUCAAAUUUAACAGACUCAAAACUGCCAGGCAUAAAAUGCAGAUUCUAGACAAGGAAGCAGUGCAGGAAGUAAGCACGCAGAGGGAGAUCCCUGAUAUAAAGCCUGGUUAUAUUGUGCAACUCAAAGUGGAAGUACCUGAGAAUAAGAGACGUAUCUCAAUUGUGAAGGGCAUUGUUAUCACAAGACCUAAUGCUGGACUAAAUACUACGUUUAGAUUAAGGAGGCUAGUGGCUGGGGUGGGAGUUGAAUCCCUCUUCCCGCUGUACUCGCCUAACAUAGAGGAAAUAAAGGUGCUAGACAAGAAGAAAGUGAGGAGGGCCAAGCUUUACUAUCUCAGAGACAAGAUGAACGCACUUAAGAAAUGGUAGAAAGCUUUAUAAUUAGUGCAAGUUUGACUAUCCAUUUAUUGAGAAAGUGGAGUUAGUCAUGCUGGCGAAAAGUGAGAGCCAUUCGCAUUCCUUUUUUAAAUUUUGAUGUUAGUUCCUUCUUUCGAUUUCCUCCAUUUUGAAAUUGUGAGAAUUAGGAUGGUGAAAAUAUGUGAGGCUGCCAGUGGCAUUCACUGCAAGCUGCAAAAAGAUUUAAUAUGUUUUCAGCUAUGCAUCGUGAUAAAGUAUUCUUGUGCAUAGAUUUCACCUUUCAUUGAUCUAAUGUUACCUGUAGAUUUUCUUUGAUGAA